CGACGGCCCGUCCCGGCCGCGCGGAGCGGCGGCGGCGCCGCCCCGGGGCGGAGCGCAGCGACAUGGCGGCGGCAGCGGGGCUAGUGGCGGCGGCGGCGGCGGCGGCGCUGGGCGCGCUGCUGAUGGCGCCCGGCCUCACCCAGCCCCACGGGGAGGGCCCGCCGGAGGGCGCCGGGGCCGGGGCCGGGGCCGGCGGUGGGGCAGCGGCGGCGGUGGAGCGGCGCCCCCCGGGGCGGAUGGACCAGGCCCUGCUGGUCGUCCGCAACGAGCUGCCGGCCCCGCGCCUCCGCCUCGCCGCCCUGUCCGGCGCCUGCCACCAGUGCUUGUAUCAGUUCCUAGCAUUCGUCCCACCAAGCAACGGGAGCCUGAGAGAACCGGGCACGGUGGCAGUAAUGGUCGAUACCCAGCAUCCACUCACCCUUUUGCUCAAUGGCUCUGUGGGUGACGGAGAGCUCUGCAAGAUUCAGUAUCAUUUUGGAGAGUUUGGCAAUUAUUCCCUUGUGGUAAAGACCCUAAGUACAAGCGCCAAAACUGUUUCUUGUGACCUAGUCAUCAAUGAAGGCCCUAUCAACAGCUACCUCCCUAUUCUCUUUGCUUUCCUGGUUUACAUGGGGAUCCUUGCUAUCCUGAUUGUUGGCCGCCUUUUUAUGAAAAUUGAUCCAGUCAGAAAGUGGGUUUACAAGAAACUGAACCCCAGAGAAACUGAUCGUCUGAUUAAUUCUGAGCUUGGGUCCCCAAACGCAACAGACUCUGUUAGCAGUGAUCCCACCCCGCGUUUGUGGAGCACAGCCUCUCGGCAGCGGCUGCGUUCCCUGGACACGUUCCGAGGGCUCUCUCUUAUAAUUAUGGUGUUUGUGAACUACGGAGGAGGAAAAUACUGGUUUGUGUUCAUCAUGGGCACAUCGACAUCACUGUCACUGAGCUCCAUGCUGAGGUGGGAAAGUUCCAAGUGGAAAGUGCUCAGGAAAAUCCUCUGGAGGAGUUUUCUGCUAAUCCUGCUGGGAAUCAUAGUUGUGAAUCCCAAUUACUGCCUUGGGCCACUGUCCUGGGAUAAUCUGCGUAUUCCUGGGGUGCUCCAGAGGCUGGGAUUCACAUACCUGGUGGUUGCUGCUCUUGAACUCCUGUUUGCAAGAGCUGGGCCUGAGAGUGGGACCUUGGAGACACCAUGUCCUGCCCUGCAGGAUAUUCUCCCCUACUGGCCACAGUGGAUUUUCAUUCUGGUGUUAGAAGUGAUCUGGCUCUGCCUGACGUUUUUGUUACCAGUGCCAGGUUGUCCCAGGGGCUAUCUUGGUCCUGGGGGCAUUGGAGACUUUGGAAUCUAUCCCAACUGCACUGGAGGAGCAGCUGGUUACAUUGAUCGUUUGCUUCUUGGAGAAAAGCAUAUAUAUCAGCAUCCCUCUUCAAGUGUGAUUUACCAAACAACGAUGCCAUAUGAUCCUGAAGGGAUCCUGGGGACCAUAAAUACCAUUUUUAUGGCAUUUCUGGGACUGCAGGCAGGAAAAAUUAUCUUGUUCUACAAAGACCGGCACAAACAGAUUAUGAGUCGGUUCUUCCUGUGGAGCAUAGUAAUGGGUGUUAUUUCUGCUAUCUUGACAAAAUGUUCUAAAGAAGAAGGGUUUAUUCCCAUAAACAAGAACUUAUGGUCAAUAUCAUAUGUGACAACCAUGAGCUGCUUUGCCUUCAUCCUCUUAUUGCUGAUAUAUUACCUUGUGGAUGUCAAGAGACUGUGGUCGGGUGCUCCAUUUUUCUACCCAGGAAUGAACUCAAUCCUGAUCUACAUUGGACACGAAGUGUUUGAAAACUAUUUCCCUUUUAAGUGGAAGAUGCAAGACAGUCAAUCCCACGCAGAGCAUCUGACUCAAAACCUCACUGCAACGACUCUUUGGGUCAUAAUAUCAUAUUUACUCUACAGGAGAAGGAUAUUCUGGAAAAUCUGAUAAAGGCGGUCAAGGUAUAGCAGGCCUAGCUUCUGAUGGGGCAAGUGCAUAAGGUGGAUUAGUCUGAAAUAUUGCCAUUUGUGCUAGGCUGUAUUACUAAAAAGGGAUACUAGUUCAAGUUUACAGUGCCAUGGAAGCUGUCAUCAAGACUUUUUUAUGUGACUUAAGGGACAGUAUUUUCCUAUUUAGCAAAAACUGAACUAGUCUGCUGCAGUUGCUCUCUUUUUCUUUUCUGUAUUUUGUAAAUAUUUUACUUAUCUCCCUCCUUCACAUAGAUAAACUGAACCUAUUGCAACAGUUGGGCAGUCAGAGACAGCCUGACAGUGCUUAUGAAAGGAACCGCAAGGGAUCGGGGUGGUGACUGCAAGGGGUUAUCAGAAUGGGGCUGCGGUAACCGCUGCUGCAUCUGACAAGGCACCCCCUAACUCACGUGGUCUGGGGUUUGUACAUACCCUCGACACCUGCCCCAUGCCAGCACUGCUCUGGCUACUAGCACACAUUUAACUCUGCCACCUCGUCGACUCAGGAGCACUGGCAGCAUCCUCAGCCCUGCACUUGGGUCGGCAGCGCAGUGACUGUCCAGGAAACCUCAGGGGCGCCUGUGUGCUACAGCCUGCUGCCAAGGGUGGUGACUCAACUGGCCAUUCUUCACUGGGUUCUUCCAAUUUGGUCCUGGAUCAAAACCUUAGGCUUAGGAUCCUGCUGAAGCCUGCUGCCAAAGAUCUCUUCUAGUGGCUAAUUCAUCAGCAUGCUGCUGCUACAGGCCACCUGUGCAUGUUCUGGGCCUUUGUGUUACAUACCUCGAGCAUGGAUGAGGUCCGAGUUUCACGUGCAGAAAGGCCAGUUCCUAUUGACUUUAUAUAGUCACUUGGAGAUUACCAAAAUUCAAGGGAAGCAGUUUUUAUAAAUGGAUUUACGUCAGGGCCCUGAAUCUGAAAACCAGCACUACAGGUACAAUUCAGCCAAAAAGGAAGAGAUAGCAGACCAAUUCAAUGUAAGAAUAGUUUUUGGAAACUCAGGAAAUCACUCAUGCUGUGAUUUCCAAACUAGUGCUAAUAAAAAGCCUGAAAUAUC